ACCACAAAGCGCAGAAAAAAAUAAAAAGAAAAAGAAAAGGAUAGGAAAAAGGAGAAGAAAACUUUCUAUAAUUUUCCCCCGUUUUCUGACUUGCCAAACAGUCCUCCGAAUCUCCCGAAUUCUCCAAUCUACUUCUUCUUCUUCUCAAUUGGUCUUCGUUUUUCUCCUGAUUUUUCUCCCAAUCCGAUCCGAUCCCGACACGAACAAUUCGAUGACAAAAAUCCAAAAAAAGGAAUCAAAAAAAAUGAAAAAUUAAAAAAAAGAGAAAGAGAGAGAGUUUGAGCUGUUUGCAAUGGGUGAGGAGGUGAGGAUGAGUGAGUACGAAGGCGGUGGCAGCGGUGGCGACGACGGAGACGACGAGGCACGAGUUUCGGAGUGGGAGGCGGGGCUGCCGAGCGCCGACGACCUGACUCCCUUAUCUCAGCCGUUGAUUCCGAUCGAAUUAGCCUCGGCCUUCAGCAUCUCGCCGGAGCCCUCCCGUACGGCGGUCGACGUCAACCGCGCGUCGCAGAAGACGGUCUCGACGCUCCGCGGCGGCGCCCUCUCCCAGGGCUUCUCGUCGAACUACAAGUCGUUCGACGAGAACCGCAGCGACGAAGUGGAGCCGAUGAUCGUGGAGGUGGACGAGAGCGGCGAGCGGUACGGAUCCGAUUCGAGAAAGUCGCGGAAGGUCGAUUGUAGUACGGAGGAGGCGGAUUCGACUCUGAGGACCGAUAAUUUAUCGCCGGAUGACACGUCAGCGCGGACGCUGAAGCGGCCGCGGCUGGUGUGGACCCCGCAGCUGCACAAGCGGUUCGUGGACGUGGUGGCCCACCUGGGGAUCAAGAACGCCGUGCCCAAGACGAUUAUGCAGCUGAUGAACGUCGAGGGAUUGACCCGCGAAAAUGUCGCCAGCCACUUGCAGAAGUACCGCCUCUACUUGAAGAGGAUGCAAGGAUUAUCCGGCGACGUGGGGCCCUCCUCGUCGGACCAGCUUUUCGCCACCGCGCCUGUCCCGCAGAGCUUGCACCACGAGUCUGGCGGCGGCGGGGGGUCAGGUCCGGCGGGUUCGGGGCAGAGCCACGGGCACGGAAAUGGGCAGUUUUCGUUUCCGAUGCCGUACCCGCCUCCCGGGAUGAUGCAGAUGCCGGUUCUUGGGUUGAGCCACGGGCACGGGCACAUGGGCAUGCCCGGCGGUGCGGGGGGUCACGGCGGUGGGUACCAUGGGUUCGAGUCGCACCAUUACAACAUGGGUUCGAUGGUUUCGUACCAACAUGCUGCUUCGAAUGACAAAUGAGAAAUCUUUACACAUUAAAGUUGAGAUUCAGAAGUUUCAGCAAGUUGGUUACUCUUCGAACUCAACCUGUAAGCUUGCUUGAUUGGUAAUCCCGAACCUGACAGGCACGGGAAGGGUUCUUAGGAAUAAUGUGGAGACAUUUUAGAGGCAUAUGGGUUUUGAAUCAAUAGCCAAUGUAGCAAAACUUCCCUCAUUACAUGUAUACUCCGUUCCUAGUCUACAUUGUUGACACCGAGGCAUUGAGUACAUGCCUGACCUGUUCUUACUUUAUAUAUUCUUUUUGUAUCAAUAAGGUGUUAAGCCUUUUCUUUCCAGAUUCAAUGGAAAGAAGUCAAUAAAGAUAUAACAAUUAUCUGUUA